CCCCACCCAUCAGUCGGGGGACUGGGGUGGGUUGAGUUGAGUUGUGCUCUUGUGCUGCGGCGCGAGCUCCUCUUGUGCUGCUGAGCCACGCCUGUUCUCGCAGAGCUAGCUCUCAGCGCAUCUCUCCUCGCAGCCUCAGUUCGGUUGCUGGCUCGCUUGCUUGCUUGAUGCUGGUUCACCUCCCAGAUCAGGCCACAGCCCCAUCUCCGAAUUUUUGUUUUUGUUACAGUUUUUCUAACGUUUCUACGCGUUGAGAGGGGGGGGGGGGGUGGGGAUCGUGAUCGAGAGAGUGUUAGAUCUAGAAGCUCGCAGCUGGGAUCAUGGAGAUGUGGGCGUGGUUAACCUUUUGGAUCUUGUGAAUUAAUUUCCUAGUCUUGAUAGGGAGAUUUUGCAGUGAUCUCUGGAUUUGCCAAAGAGGGCUCGGAUCGUAAGCAAGGAGGAGGAGGAGGAGGAGGAGGAGAUAACUGAGAGCGGAGACCUCGAGAUAUAUAUAUAUAUAUAUUAUGGGGUGGCGUCACAAGGCGGGAUUAGUUUUGAUCGCCUCUGUCGUUUUGAUAUGGGUCACGUCAGCAGAGGUUACGCAGAGCAUUUUUGAAGCCUACAAGCACCCAUUCGUGCUCACGUACUUAGGAGCCUCGUUACUAGUUAUUUACCUACCUGUGUCGUACUUGAAGGAUCACAUCUGUGAUCACUACCAAAGAAAGAACAGAUUGAAACCCAAAAACUCAAUCAACCAUGGUACCAAACUGUCUUCAUUGCCGGGGUCACCCAUGCGAUCAAGCGAUGUGGACAAGACAUCGGAGCUUGAUCUUGAGAAGAUGAUCCUUUUGAAGGAGAUCAACUCCGAGAAACAAGAUCCACAGUCUAUCCACCCUUUUCUGUACAAGAGCAGCGGAGGUGUGGAGGAGUUAAAGAAUACGGUGGUUUAUACGACAUGGGAAAUGGCGAAGAUUAGCAUGGUUAUGGCCCCUCUCUGGAUCAUUACAGAGUAUUUGUCGAACGCCGCAUUAGCACUUACAAGCGUGGCUAGCACCACGAUCUUGUCAUCAACAGCAGGACUGUUCACUCUUUUAUUUGGGGUGUUUCUAGGUCAAGAUUCUCUCAAUCUCUCCAAGGUGGUUGCAGUGUUAGUUAGCAUUACUGGAGUGGCCAUGACUACUUUGGGCAAGACUUGGUCGACCAAGGAUAACAGCGAGUCAUUGAAUGACCUUGACCAGCAUUCUUUGGCUGGAGAUUUCCUAGGUCUUCUCUCUGCUGUUAUGUACGGUCUUUUUACAGUGAUGCUGAAGAAAUAUGGAGGAGAAGAGGGCCAAGGUGUUGACGUGCAGAAAAUGUUUGGCUUCAUUGGGUUUUUCACAUUAAUUGGCGCUUGGUGGCUUAUUUUCCCUUUACAUGCACUGGGACUGGAGCCUUCAUUUAGUGUCCCGACGUCCUUGAAAGUAGACGAGGUUGUUCUAGCGAAUGGCUUUGUUGGAAGCGUUCUCUCAGAUUAUUUCUGGGCCAUGUCUGUUGUGUGGACGAAUCCUCUGGUUGCAACACUCGGCAUGUCCUUAACCAUCCCACUAGCGAUGCUGGCUGACAUGGUACUGCAUGGACGCCAUUAUUCUUUCAUCUACUUUCUUGGUUCUACUCAGGUGUUUGCAGGAUUUGUGAUAGCCAAUCUGACAGAACGAUUCUCCUAGAAGCUGGGAGUGUAAAGUAACGGGGCCCGACACCAAUACGAGUAAUCCUUCGAGGUGCAAUAAGCUUGUUCUUAGACACCACUGUUUUGUGUCGGAGAGAUGCAAAUAGCCGUAGGCCUGAUUUAUUUCCUGUCUAUAUUUCCAUCAUUGGAGCUAUCCUCUAGACACACAAUGCACGUUCUCUGGAACAUGAACGUAGUUUUAAGUAGUGCGCUGAGAAACUCAAGGCGGGGAUUCGGCUACCACUUCGAAUUCGGUUAGAAGGCUUGUCGAUAAAGAGAGUGUAGAGAUUGAGGAUGGCACAUCCCCUAUUAGAUUUUGUGGUCAGAGAAGGCUUCCAAUGAGGAAUAAAGCAUAGAAAUUGGUACGAACACUACAAACUGUUAGUCAUAAGCUGAACAUGGUGUUGAAGUCCCGGGAUGGAACUGAUUCUCAUUAAUGUACAAUUCUUCACAGAAACCUGAGGAGCUGUUUUUUUUCUA